AUAUAAGAACUCAAACUUUAAAAUGAAACUCAGUUUGGUUUCUUGCUAAAACUGUGUGUAUCUAAACCUUAAAAUGCUCCAUUUGGCAAUACUUUUUGGGAUGGCGAUGCAAUGCUGGGCCCUUCCUCUGCAGAAUUCCUCUGCAGUGCAUGUAGCAAAAAUGAGGGCAAAACGAGAGUAUUCAGAGGAGUUUCUGUAUCCAGAUGAGAUAAAUCCAAUGGACAAGAUACUUGUAGCAAACAGAGGGAUGUCACGCUUUCGGGGCUAUGCCCUUCGUGAAGGUGACAUUGUGAGUUCUGGUGUGAGAAGCGCCAUUUCAUGUCCAAACCAAAACUGCCUCUGGCCAAAAUCAGUGGAUGGAUUUGUUUACGUUCCUUACACCAUCUCUCCUCUCUAUGAUAAUAUGGACCGGAUCACAAUCGAGAUGGGAAUGCUGGACAUCUCAUCUGCAACGUGUGUGAAAUUUGUGCCACGUACGCAUCAAACAGACUUCGUUGAUAUCCAGCCUAAAUUUGGGUGCUGGUCAUUCUUGGGCAGGGUGGGAGGACCACAGCCACUCUCACUGCAGACUCCUGCAUGCAUGUGGUCAGGCGUGGCAUCUCAUGAGCUGAUGCAUGUGCUUGGCUUUGUUCAUGAGCAGUCACGCUCUGAUCGUGACCGUUACGUCACCAUCCUGUGGGAAAACAUCAUUGAGGGUCAAAAGCACAACUUUAAAAAGUAUGAGACAAACAAUUUAAACACCGUAUAUGACUAUGACUCUGUAAUGCACUAUGGGAGAUAUGCUUUCUCAGAAGAUGGAUCACCAACUAUCAUCCCUAAACCAGAUCCGAACAUUCCUAUUGGCCAGCGUGAUGGACCGAGCCAACUAGAUAUUCACAAAAUAAAUCUAUUGUACAACUGUGGUGGCCUUGUCUGAACAGAAGAAGAAUAAAACUUGAAGUCACUUUAUUAAAGUAGCAGCUCAGUCACUAUUAUUGUAUUUUACAGGCUAUAUGUCACUUUUUAUUUUGCACUGUAGAAGAUAUUGCAACUUAGAAUCAAAGUAUGUUAAAUUUUUGCAUUCUGCUGUUAUAAAAAAACACACACACACAUCCAACCAAUUCAUGAGUUUAAAGAAAACACAACUUCUGUAGCAAAAUAUUUUUAAUAAAUAAAUAUUUCUACAAUAUUAGUGCACAGUUACCUUAUAUUUGAGGACCUUAAAAAAAUAACUGGCAAGUUUUGACACCUUUCUAAGUUAGCACUUGGUGACACCGCCUUUGGCAAAUGUCACAGCUUGCAACCACGUUUUGUUCAAGUCAGGAGACUAUGGGGCAUUCCAAAAGCUUCAGGUUAUGUUUCUUGAAGUAGUUCAUUUGAGGUAUGUUUUGGAUCAUUGCCCUGUGCUUCACUGACUAUGCCAUAUUUGGUUCCAGAAACUGCUGAUAUUUUACUAGAAUGUAAACUCCUAAAAUGUGUACUCCAGUGUGACUUAUUGUCUGGAAAAUACUGCAUGCAUAUUACACAGCUAUCAGGUUAUUGCAAUUAACUGCCUAUUUAUAAUAAUAAUUUUUUAAAGGCUAUUUAACAGGCUGUCAGAUAUUUAGUGUGGCUAAACUGUAAAUAAAUUCCAUUAGAUAUCAAUCCAUCAAGUCAUGAUUUGUGUUAUUAAUUAUGACAUUUUCAAAUAAAAGGAAAAUGACAAUAUUCAUAUUUUAUAAACAUUUAUGUAUUAAUAACAAAAUGCAUGCCGAAA